CUGCUCAAGCUGCCAGUGUGUGUCCGAGAGUCCGAGCGCCACUUCAGGGCCGCACGCACGCAGUGCUGUUGUGUUGUGGUGUGUGCAGAGUCGAGCCGAAGCAAGCGACGCAAGCGAAGCGACGCCGGCGGCCGGCACAGCAAACCAGAAGCAGACAGAAGCAGACGACUCACAGUGGCCCGGACCGCCCACACACGCGUUGUUGCGGUGCAGUGUUCCCCGCGGACAGUGUUUUGCAGAUUGUGGCCGGCGUGGUGCGUGUCUGACUGCGGGGCGAGGCCGAUGUGAGACUGCGCCGCACCUCGCCCCCUUCAAGCUGACCGAGAUGACGGUCCACAAGGUGCUGCAGCGGGGGUGGCUGGACCUGGCGUGGGACAAGGGCGGCAUCGUGCGGAAGUGGGUCAUCCUCGACAACGGGGUGCUCUGGAUUCACAGUGACAAUGCAGACCCCGCCGCCGAGCAGGUGCUGCCGCUGCACGACGCCGAGGUGCGCUUCCCGGAGUCGCCGUCGCUGGAGGAGGCCCCGGAGAUCGCGGUGGUGCUGGGCGCCGGAGUGACGGGCCGGAGUCGCCGCCUGCGUCUGAGGCCCGCGUCGAGCGAGGAGUAUCGCGACUGGACGACGGCCAUGUUGGAGGCGGCGCAGCUUUGGCACGUGCGCCGCCAGAUGGCGUUCCAGGCCGUCCUUCCCCCGGUGGCGGGAGCGCCGAGUAGGCUGCCCCGCUUUAUGCGCCCGGCCAGCACCACCACCAGGUCCCCGUCGUCGCCAGCCGAGGGCAGGCUGCAGCUGCUGAGCGCGCUCACGCACUUCUUGGAGCAGGCGGGUGAGCUUCGCGAGCGGACGCGGCGUGCCGUGACGCGCGCCCAGCACGCCCAGGACGACGACGAGAACCUGCCUCGGUUCCUGCGUCGCGCCAUUGCGGACGCCGUGGAAAAGAUCUGGCGAGCGUGCACCAGGGCGCGGGCCUGCGCCGACGUGGUGGGCAUCAACGGCCGCCCCGACGACCUGGCCGUGUACGACGCGGCCAUCAUCCUGCGCGAGGCCGUGGACGCCUUCGUGACCCACUGCAGCCUGCUGCGCGACCUGCAGGCCAUGUUGACGACGGUGGGCUCCACCGCGCCGGAGGACCCGCUGCCCUUCAUGCCGCUGCGGUGCCUGUCCAUGGUGCGCGACGCCCUGUUCGAGCUGGGCGCGCUGAUCCACGCCCCCGAGGAGAAGGCCAAGCAGCGCGCCGCCCUGGCUGCCGUGGACGCGACCCUGCAGCGCUGCUGGACGGAGCUGAGCAAGAGGCCGCUGGACCAGGACCUGGCCGCGCACAUGUCCGCCGUGCCCGCCGCCACCGCCAGCAGCACGCCGACCAAGCCAGCGACGCCGGCGAAGACGAAGAAAGGGGCCGGCGUCGUGGAGAAGCGCGCCCUGGCCACGUCCCCGCCCAGCCCGCCGUCGUCGCCGUGCCUGUCGUUCAAAGGCUCCACCAGUGUGCGCAGGCUGGCGUCUCGGCUCCACCGCGACGUCGUUCGCACGUCGGUGCGGCGCGCGCGCAAGAGGGCGCGCACCGAAGGACAGGCGCUGCUGCCGGACCAGACGUUGGACGACUCCCUGGAGCACAUCGAGAUGACCGCGAUGACGGCCGACGCGGCGGCGCCCUCCUCGCCGUCGUCGGGAGAGGACGCGCCGGAGCACGUCAAGCAGUGCACCGAGGCGGCGCCGCCAGAGGUGUCCGUGCCGGUGACGCCUUCGUUGGCGGCGCCGCGGCCCCGCCUGGCGAACAGCGUGGGCGCGUUGUUCGGCUGCGACACCUCCAACUUCAGCCCGCGGCCCCCGAGGCGCUGGCAGGACCCCGCGCUGCUGCGGCGCCGCAGGCUGGUGUGCUCGGUCGCCGACUGCGACAUGGACACCGGGGACGACGACGUCUUCGAGCCACCGGCCCCCCAGGGCCACAACGGAGACGGGCACGGCGAUCAGGUGAAGACCAAGGAGCCCCCCACCGACAUGUUCGGCGAGCCGCAGCCACCGCCACGCGCCGGCCGCCUGCAGCGCCAGCACUCCGUCAAGGACAAGGACCUCAGGGACCUGAGCGUCCCCGUGACACCGGCAACCCCCAACGGAGGGGGACGCCGCGCCCUGUGGUGCGAGACGCAGGAGGUGCAACGCAGCGGGCUGCUGGACCGGCUCAACACAGCGGAGAGCGCGCUGCAAGAGGCAAAGUUUGAGGUGCUGAGUUCGGAGGAGUCUUAUCUCCGGUCGCUGGACAUGCUGGCCCACCGCGUGGCGGCCAUGGACGCCCUGCAGGACGGGUGCUUGAUCGCGGACCACGAGCGGGACGCCGUCACCAAGUUCCUGGACGCGGCGCGCGCCUGCUCCAUGCGCUUCGCCAGCGCGCUGCGCGCCCAGUGGUGCCAGGACGUGAUGAUGCGCGGGCUGUGCACGCUCGUGCACAAGGAGGCCGUGCCCGGCGCCUGCCUGCAGCAGUACGUGCACAUCGUCAGCCUGCAGCCCAGGGCCGCCAGCGUCCUGGCCAAGAUCGGAAGCGUGGAAGCGACACAGCUGGUGCCCCUUCUGUCACUGCCUGCCCAACGAGCGUCGCGCCUACCCCUUCUACUGGCAGCCAUUCUCCGUAGACUGGACCAGCGCACCUCUGAGGCUGUCAUCUGCAGGGCAGCCUUAGACCGGCUCAACCAGAUUGUAUUUGAGUGUAAUGAGGCGCUUAGAAGAGCGGAACAAACUGAGCGCAUGGUUCAGCUGGGAAGGAUGCUGCGUGUCGAGAAGUCUCCCUCAAGGAAGUCAUCUUGGAGUGAGCGCAAAAAUAGUGUCAUAAUUAGGGCAAAAUCAUUCUUUGUGAAAUCCAACAACCGGAUUGGUACCAAAACCAAUAAGAUACUGACGUCAACCAGCUCAAUGCUUCAUCUCACUAAAUGACUCCUUGCAUAAAUUAGAUAAGAGUAUUUGUCUGUGAUUCAGUGUACUCCCACAACUCAAUGGUUUUGUUGAUUCAGUCAUAAAUCUUUAUCAAAGUUUUAUGUUGUAUUAAUUUCGGAAGAUGAAAUGUUAUUUUUGUUUGUAACAAUUCCAUCUGGAUGGUGAACGGGAAAAUUCUGUACUAAAUAAAUGCACAACUCCAUAGUU